AGUCAGUAACUACUGUCGAUUUUUUUCCCCUCAAGCGUCAGAGAUAUCAUAUCGGUCUCGUUAUGCUGUGUUUUUAAAGUGUAAAUAUUUCUUAUCCACCAUUCGUUUCCUCGCGUGUGUGAUUUGAGGGCGCUUUUAGCAGCGUGGAUUACUCGGGGACAAAGUUGGCGCAUGGAGGAGGAGGAGGAGGCGGGCGGUGAAGUCAACUUGCAGUUUCCUUGUGUUGGGUUUGCUUUUGUUUUUGUUUUGGUCGCGGUUCUCGUCGCGUGACACUAGACCAAACCGAAAACUGAACGGAUUGAAACACUAAAUCUUUGGGUAAACGCGUGACUACAGUGUUUUUUCACUCCAUAAAGAGCAUACAUCAUUCCGUCGGAUAUGGAUAAUAAACCUCUUCUUCAGGACAGACCCCCGGCGUACAACAGCGUCCCCGGGGCGUAUAAUUACCAGCAGCCGCAGCCGGGGUACGGAGCGAUCCCGCAACCCGCUCCUGCACCCGCACCUGCAGCCUUUCCAUCACCGCCCCCGCCAUACCAGUUCCCCGCUGCACAAGGUUACCCAGCAGCUGCCACAGGGACUCCGGCAAACUGUUCGAGCACAUACACCAUCAUUCAACCCUCAGUGGUGGUAGUAGGAGGAUGUCCAGCCUGCAGGGUGGGGGUGUUGGAGGAGGACUUCACCUGUUUGGGGAUCAUGUGUGCCAUUUUCUUCUUCCCCCUGGGCAUUCUUUUCUGUCUGGCACUGCGGCAGAGGAGGUGUCCCAACUGUGGAGCCACUUUUGGCUAGAUGGACCAAACCACAGCCACGUCUUGUAGCCCGUUGACCAUCGCUUGGGUUCUCCUUUUUUUUUCUUUUUUUUUUUUUUUUUUUUCUUUUUCAAAUCCAUGUUUUACAUAUGUAUGUUUAAAAAUGCAAAUCAUGUAUACAAUGAUAGCCCAAUUUAUAAUAGCAAGUUGCUAUAUGGUUUCUCAAUUAUUUUUUCUUUAAAGUAUUAGCAAAUGCAAAAGCAGCUUAAACUUUUCUGCUUUAAAAAAAAUGUUUUUUUUUAAUCGUGUAAGCCAGACGUCAUGUCAUUGACUCACUGGUGCCUUUAAAAUGGCCGCGAUUUAGAACUGCAGAAGAAAGGAGACCAUAAAGAGACUUGGUGAACAAGUCAAGAGAUGAUCAUUUAUUGAAAUCUUAAUUAUGUCUCAAUCAUGGUUAUAAAUGAUAAUCACGCUUUUGUUGAUUUCUUUUAGUUCACGCCAAAUUCUUGUCUGUAUAUGUAUGAGACUAGGCUCUAUGCUGCCUGGUGCCUUUGUUGUGUGUAGUUGGGAAUCAUUGCCACAUUUCAUCAGCCUCAGUCAUAGAACAAAGACAUGUUCUCUACCCAACGUUUUAAAUCACAAUCAGGCUUCUAGAAGACCAAACCACUUUCUCUCCAUUCUCCAUACAGGCCUGUUUUUAGAACGUUUAUCAUUACCUCUAUGCUAAGCAUCUUCAUUCCCUCUAGCACAAUACACACUGUGCUGCUAGUAAAUCUGAGGAGUUUAUAAUCUCCCUUGUUUCCUGAAGAAUUUCAGCUCUUAUUUCAGAAGCCAAAUUCUGAUUAUAGCACUGCACUAAUGACUAGUGUUAAAAUGAUUUGUUCCCCUUAAAUGUAUUCCAGUUAAAAACUGGACUACUAAUCUUGUUAACAAAUCUGCAGGUAUAACAUGCUAAAGCAUCUGUUCAUGUGUCCCACAUCUAAUGGAUACAUACAGUAUGUUAAUGAGCUCUGAGGCAUACCAUUUUCAUUUCCUCUGCAAAUGAAAGACAAUCAGAACAGAAAUAAUGUCCCUUUGUGUUCCAGUUUUUUCUCUCACCAUUGAUUAAAAAAUUUCCUUGCUGCCAUUAUUUUAUCAUGUAAUGAAAUGUCAGGGGUAUUUGCUUUAGGCCACUGCAUGUAUAAUCAGUUCAGAAUUUUUAUAUGAACAAUACUGUAAAUAAAACUUCUAGAUAUGCUGCU